UUUCAGAAAUGGUUCGAGAGUGGAGAAGAUUAAAGAAAAUUGAUGACCUGACUUAUGUUGGAGAAUGUGAUUCUGAACAUCCGGCCGCCCGUGUCUUCGGUGGUCACGUGUUAGCCCAGGCGAUGUCGGCUGCUUAUUAUACGGCUCCAGAGGGAUUUUAUGUGCAUGCAGUACAUUGCUAUUUUAUUCGUGGAGGCGAGGAGUCGAUUCCAAUCACUUAUAAUGUGAAAAUUAUUCGGGAUGGCCGAAAUUUCGCGAUUCGCUACGUGGAAGCCGUCCAACACGGAAAAGUCAUUCAUUUGGCAGAGUUCUCACUACAAAAGCUCGCAAGUGUAAAGGAUACAUUCUCCCUUACCCCUGAAUUUCCGUCCCACGUACCUGGGCCAGAUGGCCUAGUUAGUAAUAUUACAGGCCGUCACCAGAAAGUAGCUGAAGGGGUUGAUGCACGGGAACUACGGGGACAAGUAACUGAAAGAAUGGCUCCGAGUCUGGAAAUCCGGCCUGCUGAUUUAAAUAUGUUCUUACAUGGAACAGGUGGUGUUAAUCAGAAGCAAUAUCUUUGGAUUCGAUACAAAAUUCCUGUUGAUAAAUCCGACUACAUGCUACGCCACGCAACAAUUGUCUACCUAUCCGACCUGGAAUUAGUAACAACUGGAGCCCUGUGCUUUGACGAUAAAAUGUUCAAACUACAAACUUCAAUGGAUCACUCCGCGUGGAUUCAUCAAUAUGAGUUUGAUAUCAACGAUUGGAUACUGUAUGAGCAGGAAUGUGUGGCUAAUUCCAAUCAUCGAAGCCUUAUUCAUGGAAGAUUAUGGUCCAGGGAUGGAAAAUUAAUAAUGUCUACAUCACAAGAGGCAUUGAUCUACAAAGUGCAGCCGAGUAAAAUUUAAAUUUUUUAUCGAAUUUUUUAAUAUAAAACAUUAUCUUCACAUUCACAAUUUUUUAAAAAUACAUUUGAGAAACCAAAAAAAAACAUAAUUUU